UAGAUUUAGAAACAGGAAGUUGUGCUUCAGUGUCUCUGUGAUGAUGUCAUGAUGAUGUCACGAUGACGUCGUCUCUCGUCCUCGUUUCUCUUCGUUAAAACGUUAAAAUGUUUCUGAUCUUUUUCUCUUUCUGUCUCCUCCAAACUUCCUUCCUCCUCUUUUCUCCUCCUCUCCUCCCUCGUUCCUCCCCCAGCUCUGGGGAGGCUGACGUCUUCUGCCCAGUUGACUGUAAUGUAAAUCUGGACAAGCCGGUUCUGAGGAUGUUUGAAGACAACUUCCUGCGCAGUCUGGCUGCCCAGCAGUGGGAGAAGAAGAGAAGAAGUAAAAACCUCAGCCAGUCUAAGCUGUCCUCGGCUGAUGAUGUCAUAACGCCGAUCCCACAGCCUGCAGAGGGCGGUGGCGGUGGCGGAGACGGCGGCGUCCCGGCUGGAGGGGAGCGGCCUCCUCAUGGCUCGGACACAAACGGACACUCAGACUCCCAGAAUGACACAGCGGCGUCGGUGCAGCGUCAGUGCAGCACGCUGUCCAACGACAAGAAGUUCCUGCUCGACAUGCUCUACUCCAAGAACUCCGCCGCAGCACCUCUGAGCCCGAGCACCGCCGCGCCUGACACCACCGAGGAAGAGGGGAACUUCCUGCCAGCUGGUGCAGAUCUGGGCGGUCGAGGUCGCGUGUUGGAGCGUCUGUCCAGCUUCAGAGCGCGCUCAGAAGAGCCCGCCGGCCACAGCGAGAGCAGCGCCUCCCGCAGGGCGGAGCUGGAAGGACUGGAAGGCUCCGCCCAGGCGGCGAAGGCCCGACUGGCUGAAGAACAACAGCAGAGCCGCCAGCUGCGGCAGCAGAGCAGCAUCGACGUGGAGAGUCACGCCCGCCGCCUGGAGACCACCCAGAUGACCCCGCUGGGCCCCGGGGGUCCCGGCGACGCCUGGGACCAGCUGCAGCCGAGCGCCGCCGCCCUGCGCAUCAAAGACCUGGACUUCUCCGACCUGCUGGACGAGGAGGACAUCGACGUCUUGGACAUGGACACCUUUGACUCCUCCUCUUCCUCCUGCCUCUCUGGUCUGCCUCCUCCUCCUCCUCCCGGCCCGGGCCUGGCUCCUCCUCCUCCUCCUCCUCCCCCGCCUCCUCCAGGUGGUCUAGCUCCUCCCCCACCCCCUCCACCAGGUGCUCCGCCCUUACCUCCUCCUCCUCCUUCCUUUGCGGCGGCGGCGGCGGCGACGUCCUCGCAGCAGAAGAAGAAGAAGACGGUGAAGUUGUUCUGGAAGGAGCUGAAGCAGGGCGACGGGCCCAAGAAGUGUCGGUUCGGCCGCGGGACGGUGUGGGCGUCGCUGGACAAGGUGGCGGUGGACACGGCCCGCCUCGAGCACCUGUUCGAGUCCAAAGCCAAAGAACUGCCCGUCUCCAAGAAAGGACCGGAGACCAAAAAGUCUGAGAUUCUGGUUCUGGAUCCGAAGAGGAGCAACGCCAUCAACAUCGGGAUGACCGUCCUGCCGGCCGUCCACGUCAUCAAGACCGCCAUCCUCAACUUCGACGAGUUCGCCAUCAGCAAGGAGGGGAUCGAGAAGAUCCUGACCAUGACUCCCACAGAGGAGGAGAAGCAGAGGAUCCAGGAGGCCCAGCUGGCCAACCCUGACGUCCCUCUGGGGACGGCGGAGCAGUUCCUGUGCAGCCUGGCCUCCAUCAGCGCCCUGACCGCCCGCCUGCAGCUCUGGGCCUUCAAACUCAACUACGAGGCUCUGGAGAAGGAGAUCGCGGAGCCGCUGUUCGACCUGAAGCUGGGCAUGGAGCAGCUGGCGUCCAAUCAGACCUUCAGGAGGAUCCUGGCCACGCUGCUCGCCAUCGGAAACUUCCUCAACAGCUCCAACGCUAAAGGUUUUGAGCUGGGUUACCUGGAGAAGGUGGUGGAGGUGAAGGAUACGGUGCAUCGUCAGUCUCUGCUGCAUCACACCUGCAUCCUGGUGGCAGAAAAUUACCCAGAAUCCUCUGAUGUCUACUCCGAGAUCCCCGCCAUCACCCGCUCCGCCAAAGUGGACUUCGAGCUUCUCUCGGAGAACCUGGUCCAACUGGAGAGACGCUGCAAAGCAUCAUGGGACAACCUGAAGGUGGUCGCCAAACACGAAACCAAAGCUGUGCUGAAGAACAAGAUGACGGACUUCCUGAAGGACUGUACGCAGAGGAUCAUCAUCCUGAAGGUCGUCCACAGGAGGGUCAUCAACAGGUUUCACUCCUUCCUGUUGUUCCUGGGUCAGCCGUCCUCCUCCGUCAGAGACAUCAAAGUCACCAGUUUCUGUCGGAUCAUCAGCGAGUUCGCUCUGGAGUAUCGCACCACCAGAGAGAGAGUUCUCACCCUCAAACGCAAACGAGCCGCUCAUCGAGAGCGGACCAAGACCCGCGGCAAGAUGAUCACCGAGACUGAGAAGUUUUCGGGGGCGGUGCCUCGUCAGGACAGCCCGUCCCCCGUCUCCGUGGCAGCGCAGGCGGAGGCCGGUCAGGAGGAGGAGCAUGAGAACAUGAAGAACCUGCUGAUCAGCAGCAGCAACAACCCGAGUGUGGACCAGAGAGGCCUGAGACGCUCCAGAGCCGUCCGCAGUCUCGGCAGAGUGAGUCCACCUCAGAUGUCCGUUGCCAAAGAAGACGGGACCAGCUCCCAGGACGACGCCACAGACGAGAUCAUGGACCGACUGGUCAAAUCUGUUACCCAGAAUCCUUCAGACAGAGCCUCCAGCCCCAAAACCCGCAAACGCUCCCGGCUUAACAGGAAGUCAUUGAGGAGGACUCUGAAGAGCGGCCUCAGCGUGGACGUGGUUCAGGCUCUGGGACUCAACAGCAAGACAGGAGACAACGUCUGAGCACAGACUCCAGCUGAUCGAUCAGUGGAUUGAUCAGUGAAUGGUAUUGAUCCGGCUGAGAUUCCAUCGGACCACACGAGGAGCAGAUUCUGUGAAUUUUUCCUGCAGGAGCAGAAUCAUCGAUUCAAACUGAACAAACAUUUUUCUGUCUGCAGUUCCGACGCAGUGAAGAAAUCUGCUGGUUUUACUGGUUUUACUGGUUCUCUGUUGUUCUCUAAUGUCCAUGAAUGUUUAUGGAUUUCACAAAAAAUCCAACUGCAGAGCUGAGUGAUGAAACUGAAAAGUUACUGACGUCAGACUGAUGAAAUCUUUGCCCUUUACAAACAACAAAGGUACAUGAAUCAAACAGCCGGAUCUGACUAGAAAGUGUUUUUAAUAUGAAAUAUUGACAAACAGAUGCACAAAGUGAGCAGAAACAACAAAAAAAGUCUUGUUUUUAUUACAUUUACUGUAACUUCAGAUGGAUUUUUGUUCAUUAUAAACAGAUGAAGCAUCAUGUUAGAAACAGAUCAACACAAAUCACUGACGAGCUCUUGUUAAAGGAUCAGUCUGCUGUUUUUCUACCAUCACAUCUCAUGUGAAGACUCAAACCAACACGUCAACACUUUCCUGCUUCUCUACUCUCUCAGCUCAGAGCUCUUUGCUAUAUAUUUAGUAUAUAUAUAUAUAUAAAUAUAUAAUAUAUAGUUUCAUGUUUAAAAAGUUAGUCGCUCGCUGGAGUUUUUAACCAACAAACAGGAGGAAAUGGAGGGUUUGUUUGGGGACUAUUUUCAGCAGCGGAUGAAUCUACAUUUGGUGCUGUAGUGAGUAUUUGUGGCACAGAGGCAGAAGAUAAAUCAUCUUCUUAUUCAUUGUUGGUUUGAGUCUGAACAUGAAGGAAAAUACAGAAUAUCAACAAACUGAAACUUGAACACUGAAAGUUUAAAGUUUGAAGAGUUCGACAACGUUUAUUUGUUUGAUUUUAAACUUAAAAGUCAAACCUUGUCGGAUUAUUGAAGCUUCUCGUCCUGGAACACCGGAUCCAUUCUGGAGCUUUCUGUCAUAUCACAUGAUCUUCCUCACAGAUGGAGUUUGUCACCAGACAUUUGAACAUCUUCACCUCCAUGAGAUUGUAUCGCCCGACUUUAAAAAAUAGUUUUCUAAGCGUAUAAUUAACCAGUUAUAAAGACAGACAAGUCCUUGAAAGUCCUUGAAAGUCCUUGAAGAGUUUGGAAAAGUACAUGUGAAUGUUUCCUGUCACAGUGUCACAAAAGUCCACUAGAAAGCAAAAAAAAUCACACGUCACAAAAUUCACGUAUGUAUGUGCGCGUGUUUGUGUGUGUGUGUGUGUGUGUGUGUGUGUGUGUGUGUGUGUGUGUGUGUGUGUGUGUACAGUCAUUUCCUGUGUGCACGGGCUCUGCAGCUGUUUGUUGUGUGUUGUUUUGCACUUUGAGGUGUGUUGGUUUGAGUUCAGGUCUUCUCUCUUCUUCUCUGCUGCUGAAGGACGAGGACUCUGUUUUAACUUAAAGAGUAGAACGACUUCUAUAGAAAUACUAAAUGGAAGAUUGAAUGUGUUCCAGCUAUAAUUAAUAAAAAGUUUCAAAUAAAGA